UCCGGCCGGAGGAGUGCGGGAAAAGCAAGAUUCGACAGGUAGCUGGCAGCCCUGGAGGACCCGGAGACUGAGUGUCGGCCGGAGGUGCCUGAGGACGAUGAGGAUGAUGAGGAGACAUUGCCGCAUUCCGAGGCUGUGGACGUGUUCCAGGAAGGUCUCGCCAUGGUGGUGCAAGACCCGCUGCUCUGCGACCUUCCCAUCCAGGUUACUUUAGAAGAGGUCAACUCCCAGAUCGCACUGGAAUAUGGCCAAGCAAUGACUGUCCGAGUAUGCAAGAUGGAUGGAGAGGUAAUGCCUGUGGUCGUCGUCCAGAACGCCACGGUCCUGGACCUGAAGAAGGCUAUCCAGAGGUACGUGCAGCUCAAGCAGGAGCGGGAAGGAGGCAUUCAGCACAUCAGCUGGUCCUACGUGUGGCGGACAUACCACCUGAUCUCGGCUGGGGAGAAGCUCACAGAGGACAGGAAGAAGCUCAGAGAUUAUGGCAUCCGGAAUCGAGAUGAGGUUUCCUUUAUCAAGAAGCUCAGGCAGAAGUGAACCCCAGACGGUGAUGUAACCUACAAUCUAACCUACGGCAGCAAGAUGCCGCCCUCCACUUAUCCUCACAGGAUGGGGUGUUGGGGGUAGCUGCGUCGCUGGAAUGCCCAGAUGGAGCUCGAGCAAGCCCUGGGACUCUCAGGACACAGAAAAUUCUUCUCCCUUGUAUUGUCUAUGUGGCUGUGGGCCUGGCCUACAGAAUAAACCUGUUGCUUUGUAUCU